AUGGUCUACGGAAUCAACGUGGACGGUACGCAGCUGGUCAUGGAUCGUUGCCGAGUGAACGGCGUGAAACGUCUCGUCUACGCCAGCUCGGUCGGUGUAAUAUUCGCGAACACAGAGCUCUACGACGCUGACGAAGAUACGCCCUAUCCUCAUCCUUCUAAGUAUUGUUCCCACUACAGUGCCUCGAAAGCGAUCGCAGAGCAGAGUGUACUCGCGGCCAAUUGUGACCAGCUACGUACGUGUGCCCUCAGAUAUCGUGGUAUCUACGGACCGGCCGAACCGCGAUCGGUCGAAAGAGCCGUUGGAUUCUGCAAUCGCGGUCUACUAAUGGCCUCAUUCGAGAAGUCUCCAGGAUGUUUAACACAAUACAGUGGUGUUGGCAACAGUGCUAUGGCUAUGCGUUUAGCUGAAGAAGCUCUACGGCAAGGGCGUGCGGCUGGACGAGUCUAUAAUAUUGUCGAUGGUGGACCACCAGUGGGUGCCUUCUCGUUUUGGUUUCCCCUUAUGCAAGCUCUCGGCAAGCCACUUCCCUACAUCAAACUUCCCUAUCAGCUGAUGAUCUGUCUGGCCGUCCUGUUCGAGUACUUGUACCUAUGGCUAGGCAUCGAACCGCUCUUCACUCGGCUCGAGAUCAACCUGACCGCAAUCACGAACACCUACUCAAUCGAACGUGCACGCAAAGAACUCCACUACGAGCCAAUGCAAAAUCACGACUUGACACCAACCAUCCUCUACUAUAACGCCACAAAAAAUAGCACCACCACCACCACCAACAGCAGCAGCCGAAUCUGCGACAAUUUGAAUCUGAAGAGCGCCGAAAAAUUGCGUUAUUUUUGGCGUUUCCAUAAGAAAGACCGUCGCGGUUACCUACUCGCCAGUGUUGCUAUUCUCUUGUUAUGGUUGUUUAUCAGCUGGCUUCUAUAA